UAAAUACCGGGACGUUCGGCAUUCGAUCACUGAGCUAGUCAACGAACAGUAGUACUCAAACGCAGUGGCAGCUAAGGUGGCGCGCGCGCGUUCAAAUUACAAAUACAACUUAAAAUAAAAUACGAAAAAAACGGCAAAAAUUUUGUUGUUGAAACGAGCGAUACAAAUUGAUCUGAUUUUGCUGUAACUAAUUAAUUUGUGUAUUUUUGGGUACCCGUGCGACGACAAAUUUCCAAAAAAAAAGAAAAAAGCGAAAACAGCAAAUUCUCGAGGAUAAAGUGAAUGCAAAGCGAAUAAAAAUAUAUUAGUUGAGAAAUUUUCCUUAUUUUAAAUCAAGCAACCGCAACCGCAACCGAACCAAGUGCGCAAGUCAAAAGUGAAAAUGUGUAGAUUGAAAGGUUAAACGUUACACUGUGCGGCGUUCAUUGGAUAUGAUACAUUUUUGAGCACCGAAAAUUUUGUAUACAGCAAAUUGUGAUAAUUAUGAAAAAAUAAGCUUUAGUAUUUAGAAAAGUGUGCAAAUCAACCGAAAUCAACAAAAAAAAAAAAAAAAAUUAAGUAAAAAAUAAGAUAAAAGUAUUGUAUUUAAAAAAAGUAAUAAAACUUAUAUUUAAACUUAUUUUUUUUUUCAAGUGCAAUUUACAAAUUAAGCAGCUAGAAAUUUGUGAAAAUAAUUUUUUUUUAAUAAAAAAGCGCAAAAAUGGUUGGCAAAAUCAUCGCUUUGCGCGACAUGGACAAUUUCAGUCGUCGCAGCAGCGUUUAUGUGGAUCCAGAAUGUGAUAAAUUUUUCGAAAUGCCGCUUUUUAUUGCGGCCAGCACCACAGAUAUGACAACGAAAUGCUAUUGUUGGCAAUACAGCCCAGGCAAAGAACCAGCCUUGCGUUCGUUCACCGAAAUACAACAGUUACUCCAGCAAGGCAAGAAACGUGAGGUGAAGAGUAUUCUGCGUGAGAAUUCAUGGCCUAUCAAUUCGCCCAUACGUGCGCAGCUAUGGCCGACGCUGUGCGCUCAACAUCAGACGAAACAGAAUAUGUUGGAUGGUUUCUAUUGGGAUAUGGUGCAUCAGGUCUUUGGCACAACGGAGCUCUCUGAAAAACCGAUCAUGCUACCAGCCUUCGUCGAUCCCGCUCACUGUUUAACCUAUCACCUUACACGCACCGGGCGCGCCGUAGCCGAUCGUAUUGUGAAUGUACUAGGCUACGAUUGCCCCGAUAUUACGUACAGUCCAGUAUUGUAUCCGAUUACAUCGAUUCUUUUGCAUUUCAUGUCGGAGGAGGAAGCGUAUCAUUGUUUGGCGGCGCUUGUCGGUAGCAAGGAAAAAGUAUUUAUAAAACAAACCAAAUUACAGCAUGAAGUCACCUGGAAAACGGUGAUGCAAAUUGCCAAAAAGCACAGCAAAAGUGCCGUGACCUAUUUUCAACGCAUCUGCCCUGGCGUUAAACUGGAACGCGUCUUCAUGGAUUGGUGCUGGUGGAUAUUAGCUGGCCUACCAUUUCAACAUUUAGUACGCAUUAUGGAUUGCUAUUUCCAUGAGGGAAUUAAGGUGCUGUAUCGUGUCGCGCUCGUGAUAAUCAAUCUCUUCCACAAAGAGUGUCAAUCCAACAACGAAUGGAGUCCAGAUAAUAUUAAAAAUGACAUUGGUAAUGCGUUGAUUAAAUUCUGCAAGAAGAUACCAGUGUCACCAUCGAAAUUAUUGCAUGCCGCAUUUAGUAUUAGGGGACUGAGUUCCACAUAUAUCUCUAGAAUAUUUAUGAAGACUGAAAUGAUACUAAAGAGCCGUUCCGUAUUGAAUAGCGGAUCGAAGCAAUUAGUUAAGUCGCGAUCCAGUGAUAAUUUGCCAUCGAGUCAAUCACAAGUCAAUAUACAAAUGAUGUCGCACACAUUGACCAUACGUGAGCGAUUGUACACCGAGACCUGUCGCAAUUUGCUCUUCACGCUCUGGUCAUGGCUGCCCGUCAGGAUAACAAUGUAUCAGCCGGUACUGCUCUACACCACAGAGGAACAUGGCUGCUCGCUGACCACCUUCUAUGUGCGCGUGGAACAGCAUGAGCCGACGUUAAUGAUGAUUAAAACGUGCAAUAAUGAGGUCUUUGGCGCCUACUGCUCAUCGCGUUGGUUCGAACGCAAUGUCAAAGAUGACAAAGGCCAACGACAGGCCUACUUUGGCACCGGCGAAACCUUCCUCUUUUCACUCUAUCCGGAACGCGCCAAAUACCCAUGGGUAGGCAUUGAAAAUGAAAAGGAUUUGGGGCAUGCGUCAGAACUAUUUAUGGCAGCCGAUUCGAAAAUGAUAACCAUUGGUGGCGGUGAGGGCCAAGCCAUUUGGAUGGAUGAGAAUAUACGUUUCGGCAAAACGGAUAGCUGCAAAACGUUCAACAAUCCGCCGCUAUGUCCUUCCGGUGAUUUUGAAAUACGUGUACUUGAAGUUUAUGGCUUUGAUGGCGUCUAAGUGACUGUACGUACAUACAAAACAAAUAAGCCUACACACCUUCCCACAAUGUAUGUGCCACUUAUUGCAAAGCAUUUGUUGCUCGCAAUGGCUCAAUCGACGCGUUAAGCGAGUAGUGAUGCGUGUUUUUUUUUUGUUUUGUUUUCGAAGACAAUGAGAGUUCGGCAUGAGACUCUUUGAAUGUUUAGCUGGAAAAUAAACUGAAGCAAAAAACAAAAACACAAACAAACACAAAAUCCCCGCGUAUAAUCUGCUAUGUACGAUUCAAAGCAAACAAAAUUAAAGUGAAAGCUUAUAGAAAAAAAUUUUUCAUUCAAAAAUUGCCCGCCGAGAAAGUCUUCUUUUGAAUGAUAAUCAAACGUGCUGAGGAGGAUAGGAGGGGGAGUGUGGAUGAAGUUCAAGGCGCAGUAUUUUUCGUAUAUAUUAUUACAUAUACCUACAUACAUAUAUGCAUUGAAAUGUAAUUUUCGUGGCUAAAUUGCCAACGCGCUAUUUGAUGAAUGUUAGAAGCAAAAAAGAAAAGAAAAUAAUAAUACAGUAAUAUAUAUUAUCUAUAUAGUUAUAAUAAUAUUUAUACUUACAAUACAUGUUGUUGUAAAAAAUGCAGUAGCAUAAAACGAAGAAAAUACUCUGUGAAUGGUAAAAAAUCAAAAACGAAAAACAAAAGAAAAAAUGCAAAUCUGAAAUUAUGUCUAGUAAAUAUAAAAAAUGAAAUGAAGUUGAAAUAAAGCACAUGGCGUUGACAAAAAAUACAUAGUUGCAUGCCUACAUAUA